AAUUGAGAAUCAUACUUAUUAUGUAAAAUUAUAAUGCGAUUUAAAAUUUCAAUAAAAUUAUUUAUAUAAAAGAAAUUCAGUUAAAAUAUUUUUUUCCAUUAAUAUUAAUUAUUAUACAAUAAAUUUUCAAUUAAUUGGUUUUAAUCUCUAAAAAUGUUUAAAGAAAAAUCUAGUUUAGUAGACAAGGCUUCAAAACAAAAUGAUGUGUUAUUUAAUUUACUGUCGUUAAAACACAAGUUACUGGUUCCUGAUCAAAUAUGUGGAAAAUGUAAAAAACCAGCCAAAGAUUGGAUAAUUAUUGGUGUUUGUCAUGAUCUAAUUUGUCAAGAAUGUAUUGACAUUAAAAAUAAUACUUCUUAUUGUCCAGCAUGUAAUAAAGUUUUUGAUGUAGAAAAACAUGUUACUUCAAAUCAGGAAAUGAAAAUAGCAUAUUCGCAAAUGGAAGAAUUUGUAUGGAAGGUAUUAGCCUUAGAAAAAGGAACAUUAGAUAAUGAAAAUGAAUUUAAAAUUGAACAGAAUAACAGGAUUGUCAAUUUAAAUAAUGAUGAUACUAAAAAUACUUCAAUUGCUGAACCAAAUUCUAAUAGAACUGAAAAACAAUUUAUAGUAGAACCUUCUAUCCAACCAUUUUCACCUAAAAUACUAUUUGAUGAUUCUCCAGAAAAAUUUAAACCAAAAUGUUUAAAUUUUAAUAAUGAAGUAGCUAUGAAAACCCCAGAAAAAAAAAAGACAAAACUAAAAAUUUCAAAAAAUAUUAAAAUGAAUAAUUCUGCAUGCAUUAAUAGUAAAAAAAUUUCUAAUAGCGUAGAAACAAAUUUGUCAAGAGACAAAGAAAAUACUAAAAACUCUAUAGAAGAAGAUGUAAUUGAAGGAACACCAGAAAAAUCUUCUGAAAUACAAUCAUCAUGUUCUCAUAAAUCUCAUUCAUCUAAGAAAUCUAGAAAUAAAUUGAUGGUUUUAUCUUAUAGUAAUUUGGAUACUGAAAAUGAAUUAAAUGUUUUAAGAAAUUUUAUGAGUAUAUUCAAUAUUUUUAUUAAUCCUUCAUGGGAUGAUAAUAUUACUCAUUUAGUUGUGAAAACAAAUGAUGAUGGUACUAGUCCUCGUACAAAAAAGUGUAUGAAUGCCUUAUUAUCUAAUCGUGCUAUUGUAACCCUUAAAUGGGUUGAAGAUUGUGUAAAUACUAAAACAUUAUUGCCAGAGGUUAAUUAUAUGCCUCUUGAGAUGUCAGGUGAACCAUCCCCAAUGAUAUCAUGGCGUGUUGGCAGAGGGAUUAUUGAUUCUCCUAUGACAUGGGCAAAUGACUGCAUAAUUUUUGUUCAUAACUCUAUUGAAUCAAAUGAUGAUUAUAAAGAUAUUUUAAACUGGAUUAAAAAGGCUGGAUUUAUUUUGACUGAUAGUGUAGAUAAAAUAAAUGAUACAUACAGCAUAAGAGUUGUAUUAGCUGAUAUUGUAUUUAUUGAAGGCAAAGGUGUUGGAUUGCCUAGUGAAGAAACUAUAAUGGGUUGGAUUAUCAAUAACAAAGUAGUAACAAUUUAUUGGGAUUGGAUGUUGGAGUGUUUGUUUAGAUAUAGAUUCAUCAAAUUUGAAACAAAAUACCAAAUUUUUCCAUUAACACCUUAUAUGGUAGAACAAGCUGAAAUGUCUCAAUUUUUAUUUGAGUUUGAUGAUUUUUGAUUUAUAUGGUUUAUCUAUAUAACACAAGAUUUAUUAUAUAUAUAUAAUUGAAUAACCAUUAAAAUUCAAUUAUGGAAAUAUAUACAUUAAACAUAAUUAUAUAAACUAUUUUUGUUAAGUCAGAAAAAAUUAUUUUUAAUUUUGAAAAUUUUCAGAAUUUUAACUACAGAUACUUAUGUAAGUAAACAUGUCAAUUGUUCAAUUAAACAAUGUAAAAUAAUUAUAUUGCACCUAGUUACUUAUCACAUUAUAUGACUUGUUGA